CAAUCUGCCUUUUUCCCUUCAGGCAAACGUCAUGUGUCCUCCACUGCAGUGCCUAAAUAUGGGCUUCCUCCAGUCCAUAUUUGGACAUCUACGUCACAGCAAGAGGGUAUAUAAAGGCGUGGGGAUCCUCUCAGUCGAGAAAGAGCCCAGAGAGCCUAACAGACAAGCUACGCUAGUGUAGAAAGCAGAUAGACACACUCGCUGCGCUAUCGCUAUUGCAGAGAAACACAUUUUGACACAAAACGUGCAAGUCAAGUCAAAACAAAAACAGUAUCAAUUCAUUUAAAGUAGGAUCGAAUUGAAUUAGGUCCAUGAAUUAAAACGUUUGAUGUUCCUAAGAAUUUGAUGUUUUUUCAUCAAUUUCAGGGAAUGAGCAAAAAGGACACUUUUGGUUUCUGUCAUCUGUUUUGAACAGAAAACUGGAUUUUUUCUUCCCUUCUGGACAAAGGAGAAAAGGGGAACAAAAACAGAAGAAGACAUCAGCUCACCGAACAGACUGUGGAGUCUAGCCAGAGAGAAGAAGAAGAAGAAGAAGAAGCAGCAGCAGCAUCUUCACUCUUCUCUUCCCAGAGGGACCGCCGGUGACAUCCUCCACCUGUGCGCCUCUCUCUCGAUCUCACACUUUUCUUCCACACACACACGCGCGCCUGUGUGCGAGCACACGCAAACAGAGCCUCACACACUCCAGCCUCAGCCCUGAAGGAUGGCUGCAGCCAAGACCGAGAUGCUUCUACCCGGCCUCCAGAUCUCUGACGCCCUCAGCUUCCCGCACUCACCCAUGGAUAACUACCCCAAGCUGGAGGAGAUGAUGCUGCUCAACUCUGCAGGGACCCCCUUCCUCAACGCCUCCGCACCCGAGGGCGCAGCUUUCAGCACUGGGGAUCCAGGAGACCAUUACGACCAUCUGACUGGAGAUACGUUAGCCGAGAUCUCCAUGAACUGCGAGAAGUCGCUGGAGCAGAGCUACAACCAGCGGCUGCCGCCGAUCUCCUACACGGGCCGCUUCACCCUGGAGCCGGCCGUCAGCGGUGCCAGCCUGUGGGGGGAGCCCCUCUUCAGCCUGGUCAGCGGCCUGGCGGGCAUCAACACCUCCUCCAGCACGGCCGCUGCCAUCGCCGCCGCUGCGUCCGCCGCCGCCGCCUGCUCUGUUGCCACCUCUCAGACCACUCCGUCCUCCUCCUCCUCUUCCUCCUCCGUCUCCUCCUUGGUCUCCUCCCAGAGUACGAUGAGCUGCGCCGUGCACCAGAGCGAGCCCAACCCCAUCUACUCGGCCGCCCCCACCUACUCGAGCACCAGCCCCGACAUCUUCCCUGAGCAGAGCUCCAGCUUCCCCAGUGCCGUGGGGGGGUCUCUCCAGUACCCUCCCCCCGCCUACCCCAACGGCAAGACCAGCGGGCCCAGCUUCCCCGUGCCCAUCAUCCCAGACUACCUCUUCCCACAGCAGCAGAGCGAGAUCAGCCUGGUGCCCCAGGACCAGAAGCCCUUCCAGACUCAGCUGGGCCAGCAGCCGUCGCUAACGCCGCUCUCCACCAUCAAGGCAUUCGCCACGCAGACGGGUUCGCAGGACCUGAAGAGCGUGUACCAGUCGCAGCUGAUCAAGCCCAGCCGCAUGCGCAAGUACCCCAACCGGCCGAGCAAGACGCCCCCGCACGAGCGGCCCUACGCCUGCCCCGUGGAGUCGUGCGACCGGCGCUUCUCGCGCUCGGACGAGCUGACGCGCCACAUCCGCAUCCACACGGGCCAGAAGCCCUUCCAGUGCCGCAUCUGCAUGCGCAACUUCAGCCGCAGCGACCACCUGACCACGCACAUCCGCACGCACACCGGCGAGAAGCCCUUCGCCUGCGAGAUCUGCGGACGCAAGUUCGCCCGAAGCGACGAGCGCAAGCGGCACACCAAGAUCCACCUGAGACAGAAGGACAAGAAGGCCGAGAAGAGCAACAUGGCGGCCGGGGUCGGGGUCGGGGUCGGGGUUGGAGUCGGGUCAACCGUGUCAGUCACUAGCAUCUCCAUCCCAUCCCCUGUGUCGAGCUACCCCUCUCCCAUCACCUCCUACCCGUCUCCGGUCUCCUCCUACCCCUCCCCGGUGCCCUCCUGUUACUCCUCACCCGUGCACACCUCCUACCCGUCACCCUCCAUCGCCACCACAUACUCCACGGGCACCAGUAUGUUCCAGACGCAGGUGGCCACCUCCUUUCCGUCUUCAGUCAACAUCUACAACUCGCCCGUCACCACCCCACUGCCAGACAUGUCCACGCUCUCACCACGGACAGUCGAGAUCUGCUAAGAGACACUUGAGCUCGUCCCCACCCCCCCAAACUCUCCGCGCCCUGCCAAAAAGUGCAGUGCAGCACAGAACAGCACAGCACAGCUCAGCUGAGGCGAUUCAAACGUCUUUGUGAGGGGAAGGGAGAAGAGAGAGAGAAAACCAUCAAAAAGACUUGUUAUUCCCCUCUGAAAAGCACUUUUCUGCUCGUUCCCUUCCCACCAUCGGGUUUGAGAGACAGAGAAAAAAAAUUGUCAAGGACUUUGACAAAGACAGCAGAAGACAAAAAAAGGGAACUUUUUUUUCACCCACAAAUCCCUUCCCUUCAAAUAAGGCAUAAGAAAUCUUUGUAAUGAUAAAGACAUCACACAAGCUAUGGCAGGUCUUUAUUUUGUAUGACUGUACACAGAGACCCACUCAAACAUACAAACAUCAGUGAAGAGAAAAAGGAUUUCAUCCUUUGAAUCAAAUACCUUCAAGCUCAGAUGAAAACAAAGGAGACAUUUACAAAAGACUUUGGAUAAUAUACAUAAGUUACAGUAUAUGUAUAUUGUACAGGUGCCAUGUUUCAUUAUGUUUUAUUCUUUUUUGGUACCAUUGUUGUGAAAAAUGAUUUGCAUAUUUGCAUUGUAUUAUUUGAAUUGAGCAGGGCCAUAUUUUAUAAAAUACUUUCCGUAUUACGUAGUGAAAAUGCUGUGAUAAGUUCUUGACUUUGUUUGGGAAAAAAAAAAACGCACUUAAGUAUUCUGAAG